GAAGCUGAUGUCAGUGUUGAAGAGGUAUCUGGAUGUGUCCAGCAGAGGAGAACAGUGUGAGCCCAUCCUCAGAACCCUCAAAGCCCUCGAAUACAUCUUCAAGUUCAUCGUUCGUUCACGCAUGCUCUAUUCCCAACUCUAUGAAGGGAAGGAGCAGACUGAGUUUGAGGACUCGCUAAGGAGGCUUUUUGAGUCGAUCAACAGCCUGAUGAGAACAGACUACACCACCACACUUCUGCUCAGGGUUGCUGCUCUGAAGUACCUGCCGACAGUCCUGCAUGAUGUUGAAAAAGUGUUUGAUGCUAAACUCCUGAGUCAGCUCCUGCAUGACUUUUAUUCCUGUAUCCCACCUGAGAAGCUCCAGAAACAGAAGGUGGCCUCCAUGACCGAAAUUGUAAGCAGCCAGCUCUUCCAGAAA